AAGCGCAUUGUGACUCAACGACAGCCAUCAUGUCUCAAUUCCGCGCGGCAAAACUCGACAUCGGAUGCUUCGCGAAGAUCCGCAAUAUUCGCGACCACACCAAGCGCAAGGUCUACAUGGAAAAUGAGCCAGAACGACAAGCUCUCCGAUACAUCAUCCGAAACACCACACUCCCGCAGCGAGUCCGCGCACAGGCUCAGCUCCAGCUAUCGCAAAUGCACUGCUACACCCGGUUCACACAGAUCAAGAACAGGUGUAUAAUGGGAGGCAAGGGAAGAGGUGUAUUCAGCGACUUCAGACUCGGACGAUACCAAUUCCGAAUAAACGCGCUGGCUGGCAACUUGCCCGGUGUGAAGAAGGCGAGUUGGUAAAGAGAAGGCAAACUGGCGUCUUUGCUAUAUUAUAUGUAUAUUACUGCAAGGCGACAUGCCUCAUUGGGCGGAGUUUGCGCAUGGAAUAUCAUACGGCUCAACAAUUACCUGCCACUCAA